GAGAGCGAGGUGAGGGGUGUGCCUCAGGUAUCCCAAUCCUUACCCGGCUCUGCCAGGAUCCUGAGAUCCCUACCCAUCCCCAGAUCCCAUCUCCAGCUGCAAAUCACUGCAGAUUCAAACCCAGGACCGGACUGGGUUUGCCUGCCGCUCUGUCGCCCCUGGGACAGAUCAGGGUCCCAGGCGAGGGUUUUGCGCGACCUUGUGGCCUCUUCCUUCCCACCCGUUCUCCCGGCUUCUCCGCCGCUCCAGCCAUGGCACAGAAACCCAAGGUAGACCCCCACGUCGGGCGGCUAGGGUACCUGCAGGCGCUGGUCAAUGAGUUCCAGGAGACGGAGAGCCAAGAUGCCAAGGAACAAGUCCUCGCCAACCUCGCCAACUUCGCCUAUGACCCGGGCAACUACGAGUAUCUGCGGCAGCUGCAAGUCCUAGACCUAUUCCUCGAUUCACUGUCAGAAGAGAACGAAACGCUGGUGAAAUUUGCUAUUGGGGGCCUCUGCAACCUGUCCCCAGACAAGGCCAACAAGGAGCACAUUCUGCAGGCCGGAGGCAUCCCGCUCAUCACCAACUGCCUAUCCAGUCCCAACGAGGAGACCGUGUUAUCUGCAGUCACCACACUCAUGUACCUAAGCUCACCCGGCACGGGCUCCCAUCCCGAGCUCACCUCCUUGCCCGUGGUCCAGUGCAUGCUGCGCUUUUCUCUCUCAGCCAACAUACGGCUCCGGAACUUGGCUCAGAUCUUCCUAGAGGACUUCUGCUCUCCAAGCCAGGUGGCUGAGGCGCGUAGCCAGCAGGCCCAUUCUGCCCUGGGUAUCCCACUGCCAAAGAGCGAGGCCCCACAGCAGCCCUGAUCCAAGAAGACCCCAGGACUCUGACACUUUCUGCCUGAGACCAGUCCUAGCAUAGGAAGCAGAGACCAAUAGCCGUCCAUCCUGCCCACGUGAUGCCCGUUCGGCUGUAUGCAAGGUACGAUCUCUGAGCAUGACGGAUGUUUAUGCUAGGAAAACCAGUAGGGAGGAAUGAAGGAACCAGACCUGAUAUGCUUAGAGGAGAAAAACAGCUGGUGAGACUCUCAUGGGCUGGCGCUCCCAACAGUACAGACAGAAGACCACCUCGGUGCCCCAGUGCCCAGCCAACACGCUCGUAUAAAAGCUUUGCAGAGUGGUACUCAAGAACAGCUGCUAGGACCAGGACUCGGGAGAGUGGCCAGUAACACAAGUGCCCAGAGGAACUUUGAUGGCUAGAGAUCAGCUGGCCUUAUCCACUGGGAAGGUGCUGUGGAGUAACCCCUCCAGUACUGAGGCUGGGCAUUUGGGCACAGUAGACACUGACUUGGGUAGCUCUGCAGCCCAGAAACAACUGUCCACACACCUCUGCCUUCUGCUAGGCACCAAGUGAGGAACACAGAUGAGGUCUCUGCCCUUGGGUGUCACACCUCAAUGACUGUUAACCAGGUGGCCAUCAGGCAUUAGGAGCAAGGCCCUCCAGGGGUUAAGAGCAGAAUGAAGACAGGUCAGCGAAACGUCCUUUUA